GGUAAUUUGCCAGCCGUGCCAGCCACAACUCGGCUGACAGACCCAUCGAUUUACAUGUACCGAUAAGCAUUCGAGUUUACUCCGUACACUAUUGCAUCUGUUGCAUAACUCCUUACCCCUCCAUGUAAAUGCACAAAGGCCAAAACGACCAAAGCUUAAAGGGCAAAGCUUUUAUAAAGUGCACGAUCGAACUCUGGAAACAACAAACACACACACAAAUGAGAAGACUGAACAGUGGCAAUGGACCAGCGCAGACCGCCAGAAUAUAUUAUUGAGGUGUUUGCUGACCCUACCUCGGUGAAAGAGGUCAUCAGAGGCAUCCUACAUACCAUUUUCUUCCAACGUUUCUUCCCUUCGAUUCGACCCAAGUCUCGCGAUGUUCUGGACAUGACUCUGCCAUACAUUGAGAAUGUUGAAAUUGAAACGCUUAUCGAUCAAAGGACCGCUGCUCUGGUGCGGCAACUAGACACCACCUCGGAAACUGGCGCGAGAAAUACUGGCGUGAGAGGACAAAUGGCUGUUCAAUUCUUUGAGAAGAAGCGAAGAAAGGCUUGGUUUACGAAAGGCGAGGAAGAGGUAUGUUGGGAACAGUGGACUUUGGAUGUUACAUUAGCUACUCCGCGAACAGAAAGUGAACGAGCAAAAGUAAGAAAUGCGAUGGAGGCCAUGUUACUGAAAGCAGCAAUGAAGAUCGUAACAACAGUCAACAUGGAGAAAGAUCAUAUACCGCCUAUUACCACGAGCGAGGCCAAUCCAUUUCCUUAUCAGAUUACUAUAAACCCAAGAGCAGAUAGCUGGGGGGCUCGUAUGAGUUUGUUUUGACGCCACAAGAUGACAAGGGCAUUGUACAUAUUGAUAUUGGCGUUUCGGAGCUGGAUAGAGGAUACUUUGGAUACAGAUACCCAAUAUGAAUUGAUUUUAUUCA